AUGAUUGCUGCGUUACAAAAAGUGGGCUACAGAUCGGCAGAAGCUGACAGCGAAGCUUUGUGGGCACUGGUGAGUGCAGACAACGACUCCGGUAAAAUAACUAGUGCUGAGUGGGCUGCACUAGAAAGUGUGGAGGAAGGUGCGAAAUUACCCGAAUUGUGUAGCGCAAUCUUGGAAAAAUUUGACGACUUAGAGGCCUGCUACGCAGACUGGACAAGCGAAGAGGUAUUGCGUGGAAGAGAAUUUACAUUUGGGUUAAUAGAAUCAUGAUGUUUGUGUUUCACGCCAUGGUAUCCAUCAUUUUGUGGCUUCAGUCGAUGAGAGUUGGAACCAAAUAUCAUCUAGUAUUUGAUGGUUUUAUAAAAUGGUCCCCUCGAUGAUUCAUUUUCAUCCCAAUUAUGAUUAAAUUCAUGAAUGUGAUUUACUUCCACCAUCAGUCCCUGACCCCUGACGUAUUCGCUGCGAAAGCAGCAGACUGCGGCUACGCUGGGGAUUCGGCAAAGGCCUUCUCUGCUCUCACCAAGGAAACAGAGCUGCCUUUGGAACAAUUCCAGACUCUGUUUUUGUACUACCUCGUAGCCUGCACAGGACCUGCUGUUAGUACCCUUCAAAUUACGGCUCGCGAGUACAGUUCUUUUCCAACGCUUGAAUUCUCUUCUGUCUCGUUUAUAUCGUAUUUAAGAUCAUUGAAUGUUUCAUUUGAAAUAUGUCUCUUCCCGGAAGAGAGAUGAAUUGUUUGAGCUCUAAUCAAUGAUGGAUUGGCAAGAAUUUCGAGUCAUUUACGAAGUUCCUGUACACACUCGAUCCCUCUGGAUGUAUCUCAUCCGAAUCGGCAUGGACAAAGGCACUGGCCGCACUAGGCUUUGCGGAUACGGCUAUGGCGUCGAAAGUAUGGAAGCUUAUCGACGUCACGAAGAGUGGUACUUCGUGGUCAGUGAAUUUUGUUACUCUGUAUCUUGUUUCACCCUGAAUAUCUUGGUGGUCAUCAACGCCAUCAUAUUCAGGGAUUGGAUUAUUAGAUUGAUCGCUUACGCCUGUAUUUUUACAAACCGAUGUAGCAAGCUAACCUAACCUGAAUGAACAUGACGAUGCCAUCUGAUGGUAUCAUGUAACACCUUCAAGAUGAAUUCCCUUAGGUACGGUAGGACAGCAACAAGUGGAUUUCCUAGAGCGCAUCGAUGGGGAGAAAUUUGCGGAGGGUCUAGCAGAAUUCAAGGAAUCAAUACAGGCGUCCACGGUGAUGAAGAUUUGGGAAAAGCCAGUGACCUUUUCAGUCUUCCGACAUACCUAUCGAGGCGUUUUCAACAAGGUACAGGAUCAUCGCUUUUGCACCCUGCUGCGUCCCAUUUCUUAGAAGUGAUCCUAACCGGUGCCUUUAAGGCUCGGUGUCGUACCACCCACGCUUUACUACAGAUGGAACCGAUGCUUUUGUGGGCGUUGCUAGGAGGCGGUGAGAGCAUAACCAAAGAGCGUUUUCAAGUACUGGAGACCUUUACAAGUGGUGAAUGCGAGAGUCCGAUUAGUCGAGUGCAGAAAUUUUUGCAGGACAAUUAAGGCUACUGGUACUGCUGUGAGGACGGCCCUCCGGCCUCUUUUUCUACUUGAAAAAGAAAGCUACCAAGGACCAUGCGCUGAAGGAAGAUGCGAACGGGUAUCAUGGCCUUUGACACCUUCCUUCGACGCCUUGCUUAGCUCUAAGCCACGGGUCUCAUGGCCUUUAACACCUUGUUUGCACCGCUUCCUGUCGUAUCCACCGCAGAUAUGGAGCGCGCGGCCGAGACCAAGGAGUUCAUUUCUUGGGCCACUGACGCCCAGGUAGCAGCGGCGUUGGAAGAUGGACGAGGAGGCGCAGAAGCUAGUAGUCGGCCACAGAGCGGCGGAAGUAGUCCGAGUGGCCGGCCAUCGUCACCUCCAGAUGGAAGUGUGCCAGAAGCAGAUACAAAGCCAAAAUUACCACUCUUGUUAAGGCAAUCAAGAGAGCAUCCCACUGCAGCAUGGCCCAAAUAAGCAAGAGAGCAUCUACUUGAACAAUCGAGAAAGCCAAUUGAACACGGGCUCUUUAUUUCCAAACGGGAGAAGAAGUUUCCAAGGAUAAAUAUUAUGAUUCCCAAGGGAGAUGCAUCAACGCGAUAUCUCUAACUUUGUCACGAACUGUGAGCUGUUACAAGGGUCGGCAAUGGAUGCAGCAAUUUUAUAACGCUGUGGGGGACGCUACACGAGGCAAAAACACUGCCAGCUCUUCAUCCUCAUCAUCGUCAUCAAAAAGAUGGAUCCACUUUUUUCCUCGAGUAGGUGGUGAUGCGCUGCCUUUAUCAGCGGACGUGGACACCAGCAGUGACCCUGCGAACGCAAAAGUCGCAAGAUGGCAUCAUGGUAAGAAAAGAUGAAUGAUAGAUACGUAGUUAUUAGUUCUUGACGCCAGCAGCGACCCUGCGAACCAUGCAACAUGGUCAUCCACAAAAUAGUCUUCAACAAUCAAACACAACAGCCGAAGCUUGCCUGGACUUGACGUCGUUUGCAGAAAGUGGCGUUUUUAGUGGCACACUGUUUCUUUCACGAAUUGCCUCAUGUCCUGCUGAAUGUCCGGCACCUGACGGGGUAAGUCCCGUCUGUUUCGAGAAGAGAGGAACUUUUCUCAAAUUUUCCCUCUCCUUCUCAAGGUUACAAACUCUCUGUUAUGGUUACAAUACUCAAGAAGGUGACAAUUAUUCUCCUUAUCAAGGUCACAAUUUUCAAGGAUGCAGGGAGUUUCUUUCUGGUAGGAAGAUGGAGUGCUGCAGCUUCUAGUUGAUUUUGAUUCUCUUUUGGGAUCUAAUCAGUGGCCUCUUCAUUACUGGCUAAUCGACUGUUUUGGAACCAGUGACGCAUUCUCAUCCAUGUGCAUUCUAAUCCUAUCCCCGGCCGCUCAGUGUGGCGAGUAGCAUAGAAGACGCCUUGUUUGGCGUAGAUCCACAUCCGAAGGCGCCACAAAAACGACCCGAGGAAGACUUUGAUGAAGCGGUCGUGAAAGCGCUGGCAUACUUAGGCAGGGAGUAUGCAGAUUUUGCGCACGAACUAGGACUGGAGACGCAUGGUGACGAGAAGGUCCUCGGUCCCCUCGGAUGGCGAGACUUGCUGGAUCGCAUUGAGUUAUGGUGGUCAGGAGUACAACUACAGCUAAGAAUAAUUUGUCUCCGCCUCAGUACUAGAUGAAAUAUACUCCCACACGACCUUAUGGUGUUUCAAAAAAUUGUGACUCACACGACACGACCCGCUGCUAUGUAACGCUAUAGUCAUUCAUCACUCGGCGAUCCAGAGCGAGAGAGGAAGCUGAUGAACAGUUUGAGGCCUGCUUUGCAGAAACUAGUCCGAUCACGCGUAGUAACCUACGGUCGUGAGAGGUUACCUUGCGCAGGCUUGUACGGUGACGAGCGGGACGCAAAAUACACCGAUAUGUCGAGGGAACUGUGCGCCUUGAUAUUCAGGACUUUGAAUUUAUGAAGCGAGCACUAUUGAACAAAUAUGAUAAGCGGGGCUUAUUUAUAUUUUUCGAUUUCACUUUCUUUUGUGCAUUUGAGAUCAUGUGCAUGGAAGACGUGUGUUUGUCUGUGACCUGCUAGCGUCGAGGUGUCAACCACAUCGAUGAGACAUCGACCUAACUGCUGCCAGGUCUCUCUCUCUCUAAGCCAAAGCGAAGCGCAGAAGUAUGCGUGGCGACGAGAUAGCAAAUUGUGGAAGAACCCCCCGAACCCUUAUGAAGCCGAACACUUCUGGGAGCCCGAUGAGCUGAAAAAGCAGUUGGACUUGAAGGAUGAGCAAUUUCAACGGCUCGCCUUAGAAGCUGAGAUGUAUGGUGAUGUUGCAAGAGCAGGCAAAUUGUGGAGACAAAGACUCGCGUUGGAGAAGAACUUAUGUUGGCACGGAGAUGAAUUAGUUGUGGUUAAUUAAUCUUAAUUUUUUCUUGCAGUGUUGUGGUUAAUUAAUCUUAAUUUUUUCUUGCAGUGGGGAAAGUGCUGGUAGAGGUGUAGUGUUGAGUGCGAAAAAUUUUCAGUUUUGGCGACGUUGUUGUUCCUUCGUAGUCGGUUAUACUUGGUUUGUUGUUGCUUAUGAACAAGCCACGGUUUUUGGUUCCUCACUAAGGCGGCGUCCUUUGUAGCUUUUUUAACUUGAUAGAUUACAUUCAUAAUCUUGUCUACCUGAGAAGAUAAUCACGCAAAACACCCACCAAACCGCUCCUUCCUCUAACACAUCUCGUGAAUUUCGAGGCUUGGUUCCACUACUCGCGGUUCUUGUUGCGCGGUGAAAAGCUCCAGAUGGAAGCGGAGAAAGCACUGAUGUAUACGAUAAGCAUCAAGCGAUCUCUCGAUGCCGCUACAACAGACAGUAUUAGUUUUACAUAUUGAGAUUUGGUUAGGUGGUUACAUGGGGUGCCCUACUCGUUUGACUUUGAUGUUUAUAGGUCUAGUUUAUACAUAGUAGUUGUUAAUCACCUGAGGUAGUUUGCCCUAGUACCUGCUUGGAGAUUUAUUUCAUUGACAGUGUCCGGGGUGUUGACGUUGGAUUUCAACGUACUACUAGCUAUUUGACAGGUUUACUGCUGAUGUCGUUGCUGUUCCUGAACCGACAAGACGGAUCUUCGGAGAGCCAAGAGGGCGCUCUCUUUUUCGCCAGCGAGUGCGCCAAACGCAGCCCGACUGGCUUCUCCAGUCAGUUUUUGCUGUUCCUUGUGCACGCCUUUGAGCACGCAAGAGGAGGUGAUUUCGAGGAUCGCGUGAGCGCGCUCAAGUACCUCCACCUCGCGCGUGCCCCUAGGACCUUCUUUCGCGGAGCGCUGCCAGACGGCGAGACGAGCUUUCUGGCACUGCAGAAGGACGAGAAGGUUAGGGCAGGGGAAGUCUUUCCGGAAGACGCGCCUGCGCCAGAGGAACGAACAGCAUCUCACGAGGAUAGUUCCGAGUCUGCGGCCGUAGACAAGUGGACAGAAGAAUUUCCGGCAUUCGUGGCGUAUGACAAGGUACAAAUCCACAUCACUUGUUUGUGAGAUAAAAAGAUUGUGUCAUGAUCAUUCUUGGAAAACAACUUGUAAUUAGUGGUGAUUCUACUUUCUAGGUGCAUGCUCUGCCGGACGGCGCAGAUUCACGAACAGUGGACAUAGUGGACAAGAUACUGUAUUUGGGAGUCGCUUCCGUCGCGAAAUUCAUCCUCUUAGACCAAGAGUAUGGGCUCCUGUCCGAAAAAACCAGGGACAGUGAGAAAGUGCGUUUACAGCUAGCGAAAUGCUACAUGCUGGAGGACGACUGGCCAGCUGCUUGCAACGUGCUGCAGCAACUGCUGUCCGAAGUCACGGAACAAAACUGCGAAGCCUGGGCUAUGCUUGGUACUACGCUCAAGAUGUGACUGCUGACUAUGCUCAAGAUGUGAAUGCUUGGUGCUACGCUCAAGAAGAUGAUUUUUAGAUUGCGAUCAAGCUGCCUAUCGUGAUUUUUAGAUCUUGAGAUAGAGAUGCACCAGGACGAUUCAGAGCAAGUUAUAAGAUCGUCCUGGUGCAUCUUCAUCUCAAGAUGGUGUAUUCCUUGCUCCUGGGGUGUUCGGAAAAACGAGCCAACUUAAAACAAUUUGAAAGGUGAAUGCGAGUAUCGACAGGGCGCGAUGUCAAGAGCGCAAGAUGCGUUGGAGAAGGCGCUUUCUUUUCUGCCAACCGAUUCUCCACAGCCAACGGACGAUCCAGUCUUAGCUCUCAGGCUUGGCGCUAUAUAUCUGCAGGCAGGGAAGCUAGACGAAGCAGCCGAAUUCGUCCUAAAAAGUCUAGAAACGUUAGUGACAAGCGAAGCAUGGAAGAUAUUAGGGGUAACGAGUGUUGUUAUUCUCACUCUACUUUCAUAAACAAAUAUUCUUACGGCUUCUUUCCCGUCGACACUUUCAUCUUAACAAAAGACUCCUGUUGGGAGUGUAGUUCGAUUCAUUCAUAGGAGUGGCCAGAUUUAGUACUUACUACGUGGUAGGUAAGAUAAGAUUUUUGACUCUCUAAGGUUCACAAGUUUACUACGUGGUAGGUAGUGGUCCAGAUUAUCACUUACUUUGACAGAUCUACUACGUGGUAGGUAGUAGUCCAGACUAUCACUUACCCCGACAGAUCUGCUACUCACACAGAUCUGCUACUCACGGAAAGGAGCAAAUGAGAAAAGUCUGGUAG